UCUGUUUCAUUUCAGACACCGGCUGAUGCGUGUAGUAUGAGUACGGGAAGCUUGGUGUUGGGGGUAACUCCCCCUGGAGGCCCGGGAGGAUCCAGUGUGCCUUUGGUGCGGUGGCGAGGCCUCCUGCUGCUGGCGGCCCUGGUGCAGACGGCCACCAGCUCAGCCGCAGGGUGCGAUGACGCCGAGGGGCCCAACUCGCGCUUCAUCGUAGAGCGCUUCGAGGAAGACCGAUGGCAGGAGUUCACGCACCUCACGGUCGACAAGAACACGGGCACCGUGUACGCGGGGGGCGUGAACCGGCUCUACCAGCUGGAGCCGAACUUGCGGCUCCUGCAGUACGUGGUGACGGGCCCCGUGAGCGACUCCGUGGAGUGCCCGGCCAGCGGAUGCUUUAGCGAGGACUUGCAAAGCAUGAAGCCCACCAACAAUGUCAACAAGGUGCUGGUGAUCGACUACACGCACUCGCGCCUCAUCGUGUGCGGCAGCGUGGGGCAAGGCUCGUGCCAGGUGCGCGAUCUGCGGGACAUCACGCAGCUGACCCGCAAUGUGAGUGAGGCCAUCGUGGCCAACAACGCCACGGCGUCCACCGUGGCCUUCAUCGCUCCGGGGCCACCCAACCCGCCCGUCACGCACGUGCUCUACAUCGGCGUGACGUACACGGGCAAAUCCGUGUACAGGGACGAGGUGCCGGCCGUCGCCUCGCGCUCGCUCGAGGACAACCGCUUCUUCGACAUCGCCGUGACUGACGUGACGACGAGCACGCGGAUGCUGGUCAACUCAUUGGCGCGGAAGCGAUACCCCAUCACGUACGUGUACGGCUUUGGCUCAGAGAAUUUCAGCUACUUCCUCACGCGGCAGAUGGAGGACACGGACGCGGGGUCUCCGUACAUGAGCAAGCUGGUGCGAGUCUGCCAGAAUGACCCUGCCUACUACUCGUACACGGAGAUCCCCAUCGAGUGCAAGGACCAGCAGGGCAAGCACUACAACCUGGCGCAGGCGGCCUACGUGGGUAAGCCGGGCGCCGACCUGGCCAAGCAGCUGGGCAUCCAGACCAACGACGACGUCCUCUUCGCCGUGUUCUCCCCGUCCGAGUCAAGCGAAAGGGAAGGCUCACCCCGGCCCGCUGACAGCAGCGCACUCUGCGUAUACAGCAUGAAAUCCGUCAGACGCAUGUUCAUCGACAACAUUCAGAAAUGUUUUAGAGGCAAAAGCGACCGAGGACUCAACUUCAUCUCGCCAUCACACCACUGCAUCAAGUUGAGGAUCAGGAAUCUGAAUGAGGAUUUCUGUGGCAUGGAUGUGAACACACCCCUGGGCGGAGAGCAGCCUGUGGAGAGUCUGGCCAGCCUCACCUUCCCGACGCGACUCACCGCCGUCGCCGCCACGUCAACCGAGGUCUACACGGUGGUCUUCCUCGGCACGGCCCAGGGCCACCUGAAGAAGGUUGUGAUAGAGAACCAGAAUAAUGCGCUGGAAUAUGAUGACAUCGAGGUGGACCAGGGAUCAGCAGUCAGGCAAGACAUGCACUUUGACAAGGCGGGCGACCACCUGUACGUCAUGACUAGUAACAAGAUCUCAAAAGUCAAAACAAAAGAGUGCAGCAUAUACGAGGGAUGCAGCCAAUGCCUGGGGGCCCGUGAUCCUUACUGCGGCUGGUGUUCCUCGGAGAACAAGUGCUCCUUGCGUCGAGACUGCCGUGAGGCCUUCCAGGAUCCUCGGUCCUGGCUAGAUUACAAGACAGGCCGCUGCGCCAUCACCAGAGUCAAGCCAGACAAGAUACAGAGGACCACCAGAAGGACAUUAGCACUGAUGAUUGAGAACAUGCCACCAGUGGAUGGACCGCUACAGUGUGUUUUUAGCAGUAUGGGGAAAGACCUCAGCACAGAGACCAGGCGUACUGCUGAGGGUGUUUCUUGUGCCACUCCCCGGACUGCCUUGCUUCCUGAUAUCCCACAGAAUAAAAAUCACUUUACAGCAAAGCUUUGUGUGCGAAGAUUAGACGGUGUAAAGUUAGUGUGUACAAACUUUACGUUUUUUGACUGCACUACCUACAGCUCCUGCACUGAAUGUGUAUCGUCCCCUUUUCCUUGUGACUGGUGUGUUGAUGGCCAUCGAUGCACACACGACUCUGCAGAAAAUUGCAGAAAUGACGUUCUAGUCAAUGGUGUAAAUCGUAUUGGACCAAGCAUCAGAAGUGGCCCUUCAUUUUGUCCUCGAAUUACCUUUCUUGAGAGUCAAGAAAUUUUGGUUUCAUCAGGCUCUCAAAAAUCAAUCAAGGUCAAAGUUGACAACAUAGCUCAAUUCAUCGUGCAGACAAGGUAUGUGUGUCAAUUCAACAUUGAGGGAAGAGUUACCAGUGUAAGUGCCAACUUGCUGAGUGAUACUAUUUACUGUGACAGAAUGGAAUUUUCAUACACAACAGCUGCGCCGUCAAUUAAUGCAACAUUUGCUGUGAUCUGGGGAGGCUCAAAACCCCUUGAUAAUCCUGGUAACAUUCAUGUGCUGGUAUAUAAAUGUCAGCACAUGGCCAACAACUGUGGCAUGUGCUUGAAUCUUGCGGAGCGCUUUAGAUGUGGCUGGUGUCAGUCAAGUAGUCGGUGUGAGGUGGCAGCCCAGUGUGAGGAAGGAGCGUGGCUGGACAGGGAUCGCACUUGUCCCAAUAUAAUGAUUACCAACUUUUAUCCGCGAAGUGGCCCCUGGGACGGAGGCACGAAUGUUACCAUAGAAGGUAUUAAUUUGGGCAAGCAGAUUGAUGACAUCUAUGAUGGAAUAUAUGUUGCUGGCAUUCCCUGCCAGCCGAUUCGUGAUUCAUAUGUCCCAACCAGAAAGGUUACUUGCCUGGUAGACAGCCCAGGAGUGAAUUCCUUUAAGGAAGGACCCAUUGUUGUAAAGGUGUCUCGCGAAUACCGAAGUGAAUCCGAAGCCAAGUUUAGAUUUGUGAAUCCAGAGAUAACAGCCAUUUCACCAGAUUCAGGACCAAGGUCGGGGGGAACAGUGCUCCACAUUAUUGGCAAGUAUAUGAAUGCUGGCAGCCGCAUUAAUGCCUUCAUCAACGGACUUCCAUGCACAAUUCAAAGCACAAAUGCAAGCACAGCAACAUGCAUCACAUCUUCGUAUUCGGACUUGCCAAAGGAAGAUAGUAUCGAAAUGACCUUCGACAAUGGCCGAAGAAAGUUGGAGGGGAAGUACUUCACUUACGUUGACGACUCAGAGAUGUUUGUCUGGUCUGGUGGAGUGGCAGAGGCUGGUGUAGUGCAGACGGCCAUCACCAAGGGGCCAAACUUGCGCUUCAUUGUGGGCCGCUUCGAGGAUGACCAAUGGCAGGAGUUCACGCACCUCACGGUCGACAAGAAAACAGGCAUGGUGUACGCAGGGGGCGUGAACCGGCUCUACAAGCUGGACCCGAACUUGCGGCGCUUGCAGUACGUGGUCACAGGCCCUGUAAAGGACUCCGUGCAGUGCUCAGCCAGCGUCUGCUUUGGCGACACAAUCCUGAACAUGAAGACCACCAACAACGUCAACAAAGUGCUAGUGAUCGACUACUAUCGCUCACGCCUCAUUGUGUGUGGCACUGUGCGACAAGGCUCGUGCCAGGUUUGUAAGCUGCAGGACAUCACGCAGCUGACCCGCAACGUGAGUGAGGCCAUCGUGGCCAACAGCGCCACAGCCUCCACCGUGGCCUUCAUCGCCCGUGGAGUGCCCAAUCCAUUCCGUCCACACGUGCUCUACGUCGGCGUGACGUACACAGGCAAUUCCGUGCACAGGGACGAGGUGCCGGCCGUCGCCUCGCGCUCACUAGAGGACGAGCGCUUCUUAGACGUUGCCAUUCACUACCCGAGGACAAGCACGCGGAUGUGGGUCAAUUCGCUGGUGCGAAAACAAUACCUUAUCACAUACGUGUAUGGCUUUAGCUCGGAGAAGUUCAGCUACUUCCUCACGCGGCAGAUGGAGGACACCAACCCUAAGUCUCCGUACAUCAGCAAGCUGGUGCGAGUCUGCCAGAAUGACCAGGACUACUACUCAUACACAGAGAUCCCCAUUGAAUGCAAGGACUCGCAGGGCAAGCACUAUAACCUGGCACAGGCAGCCUUCCUGGGCAAGCCGGGCACUGACCUGGCCACUCAGAUGGGCAUCCAGCCCAACGACGAUGUCCUCUUCGCUGUGUUCUCAUGUGGAAGGGAGGACUCUCCUAGGCCUGCCAACAGCAAUGCUCUCUGUGUAUACAGCAUGAAAUCCAUCAGACGCAGGUUCAUUGACAACAUUCAAGAAUGCUACAGAGGCAAAGGCGAACGAGGACUCAACUUCAUCUCGCCGUCGCAACACUGUAUCGAGAUGAACAUUGAUGUGAACGAGGAUUUCUGCGGCACGGCUGUGAACACACCCCUGGGCGGAAAGCAGCCUGUGGAGAGUCUGGCCAGCCUCACCUUCCCGACGCGACUCACCGCCGUCGCCGCCACGUCAACCGAUGCGUACACGGUGGUCUUCCUCGGCACGGCUCAGGGCCACCUGAAGAAGGUUGUGAUAGAGAACCAGACUAAUGCGCUGGAAUAUGAUGACAUCGAGGUGGACCAGGGAUCAGCAGUCAGGCAAGACAUGCACUUUGACAAGGCGGGCGACCACCUGUACGUCAUGACUAGUAACAAGAUCUCAAAAGUCAAAACAAGAGAGUGCAGCAUAUACGAGGGACGGAACCAAUGCCUGGGGGCCCGUGAUCCUUACUGCGGCUGGUGUUCCUCGGAGAACAAGUGCUCCUCGCGUCGAGACUGCCGCGAGGCCUUCCAAGACCCUCGGCGUGGCUGAGCUACAAGCCAGGCCAAUGCGCCACCAUCACCACACUCAAGACAGACAGGAUUCAGCAGACCUUUUUUAUAAUUAUUCACACACACACAGCC